AUUAUUUGCUGUUGUUAUGCAGAAUGCAGAUGAUAUUAGCCAAUCCCAGCGCAGGAGGCGGGGCCUGCCGGAAUACGGGUGUGAAUAGAGAUCGCGUGGUUAGUUCUCGGUUCUCGCGGUGUUCCUCCUCCUCCUCCUCCUCUCCCUCUCUGUGGCCCUUCACCGCGAAAUGUGGCAGCGUUUCCGCGAGGGGGGAGAAGCAACAUGGCUGCUGUUUACUCGGUAGAGGAGUGCAGUUUGCUGCAAACAGACAUUGAGAUUUCAUGCUGUGAAAAACAGGAAGAUGUGGCCCAAACGCCGCGCACGGGUUCAGGGACCAGUGAUAAGGCUUUAAUGGCAGAGAGCGCCGCGGCGCAGCUGGGUUUACGAGCCGGCGGCCCUGCGCUGGAGGCCCGUCAGCACGAAGAAGAAGAGGCGGCGGCGGUGAACGCCGCGGUUCCACUAAUACAAAUAAAAGAGGAGGAAACCGAGGAAAACGAAUACAUAACCGUGAGCCUGAACGUGGCCGGGGAGGAUUCUGACGAGCAGACCGACGGAAACGCGAGUUUGUUGGCCGUAGACGACAGUGCCGACGGGGAUUGGCCAUUUCGCUGUGAAGAUUGCAGUGAGGCCUUUGAGAGCAAGGAAGCUUACCUUGAGCAUCGUCGGGAGCACACCCAUGAUGGCCCCAUAGUCUGCCUGGACACAGAUUCACAGUGGGAUGAUCUGCUAGUGUCAACAGAUGGAGGUCGACGGACAUUGUGCUGUGCUCUGUGUGGGCGUAUAUUUUCAAGCUCAAGAGGGUUUUUCACUCAUCAGCUUAAACAUCGUAGCCAGGACGUUAAACAGCAGUUGAUUUCAGAUACUGGUCAGAGCCCUGAAAAACAGAAACUUUUUGAGUGCAAGGAUUGUGGUAAGAUGUUUACAUCAGUUGGCCAAUGCCUUAACCAUCAACGGUCGCACAAACAGGCCUCGAAGUCAGUUUUUCAUGAGUUAGACCAUUUAAAAAAGAAAUCCUUUCCAUGCCCCACCUGUGGCCGUUGCUACUCUCGUGCAUCAGCACUUGAUGCACACCGUCGUUGCCAUGAGGUUAAACUGGUUAAACCACGAAGUGGUGAAACAGAGAGAGUUCCCUCAGAUAAUGAAGUUCCAGUUAAAAUUGAACAAACCGAUGUCGCAAUCACUGAACAGAUAGAUGAGUCUGAGAAAAAGCUUUUUGAGUGUGUCUGCGGCAGAUCGUUUCGCACCAUGUGUGGGCUUGGGACACACCAGAGAUUCUCUUCCACCUGCUCAGAUACUAGGGUUAAGGUGGAAGCUAAGCGUUCAUUUGAUUGCAGCGAAUGUGGUAAAGCCUUUGUUAGCUCUCUGGCUCUGUCAUGUCAUCAGCACUGGCAUAAAAGACGAGCGCGACUUCAUGGCAGUGGGCAGAAAUUUAAGUGUAUGGAAUGUGGCAGGGUUUUCACCUCGCUGACUUUCUAUAAUAAACAUCAGAGGUUGGCUCACAGUAAAGAGAUGCCAGCAAAGUCUUUCCUAAAUCAAGUCGUCCAUCUCCAGAAGAAGGCUUUUGAGUGUCAGGAAUGUGGUCUUCGAUUUUCCCGUGCCUCUGCAUUGCAUUCACAUGAACUCUGUCACACCGAAGAAUUCAGUGAUAUUAUAAAGAGCUCUAAAACACAUCCUGUUGAUCAGACAUCCAGUUUAUACCAGAAUGAGCCAGUCGAGGCUGAUCGCACUGUUGGUGCCAUGGAUCAUUCACAAGAUGCCUUGGAAGUUGCUGAUUUGGAUAAGGAAUUCACCUGUGACACAUCAGGUGACACAGAGGAUCACGAGGUGACCAACAAUGGCUUUGAAAUUAUUAGUAUAACAGAAUCUGAUGAUUCUGAAAGUGGCUCCCAAACAAGUCAAGACCCUGAUCUUGAAUUGGUUUGUGAAUCGGACCAAGAGGAAAAAGAAGACUUUAGUUUUAGCUUGAGCCAAGAAGCUGAGGUGGUCUCUUCUCAGCCAAUACAUCCAGAGAUGAAUGUAAAAAUUGUACAGAUUGACUACGAGCAUUUCAAGGGAGGAUUAGUACACGCUGGGCAAGAGAUGGACAUGAGUCCUCCUCAAGACGCCAAGAAGUAUGAUUGUCCAGAUUGUGGUCGAACAUUUAUGAAGGCUGUGGCUUUACGUUGUCACAUGUUAUGGCAUAGGGGUGGAAUGGGCAAAAAAUCUCGUUUACGAAGAAAUGUUGGUGUGACUCCCAUCAGAAGAGUUAAGUGCGAGAUUUGUGGUCAUGAAAGUUUCUCCAAGGCUGCUCACUACUUUCAUUUGGGGAAACAUGAAGACAGGAAACCUUACAAAUCUAUUACAUAUCAACUUGCAAAUCUGCAGAAGAAUAGCUUUAAAUGUGAAAUAUGUGGUAUGCAGUUUUCGCGUCUCUCUGCUCUACACUCUCAUCAACAGCACCAUGACACAAAGAAACCUUAUGCAUGCUCGCAAUGUGACAAAAGCUAUGCAAAUCCCAGUGGUCUUUACAACCACCGAAAAAUUUGCUGGGGUAAGGAUGGCCAAGAAAGAAAGGCAGAGCAUUUCAAUCCAACCAAAACACUUCUGGGCCCCAAAGUCCAUCACUGUAAAAAAUGUGGGAAAGGAUUUUGGUCUAUAGGAGCCUUCAUUCAUCACAAACAGUACCAGCAACAGUGUGCAGAUGUUAGCAUGAGCAGUUCAGAAGCCUCCCAUCAGUCUGAAGGUGGACGUGUAAGACGCAAGAGACGUGGUCGUAAGAGAGGCAUUGUGAAUCGUAAAACUGGUGAAGAGUCGAAAGAAGAACAUAAAUGUGAAGUUUGUGGAAAAUCUUACCGCAUGCUUGCCUGCUUUCUUAAACAUCAGCUCAUUCAUGAUGUCAGUGGUACUCCACCUCCUGCAAAGUCAUUUGACUAUCAGGUUGAACAGUUGAAAAAGAACUCGUACAGUUGUCCUGACUGUGGGAAACUUUUCUCCCGUGCUAUGGCACUUCAGUUCCACAUGAAAAGCCAUGGCUACGAAACUGGUUUUCCAUCAGAAAAGGCAAAGUUGCCCCAUACUUCUGGUGAUUUUCAGUGUCAGACUUGCUUUGUGUUUUUUGAUUGUAUUUCAGCAUUACAAAUUCAUCAACAACGCUGCGUAAAACCAAAGACAGAAUCUGAGGAACAAAUGGAGGAGAGUCAAAAAGAUGAAUCGGGGAAGCUGAAUGUAGCCCCAAAAACUGCUCAUAAUCAGAUGCAGACAAGCGAAACUGAGAAGAACCUGCACUCAGAAAAUUUGCUCAAAAUACAUCCAGCUGAUUUGAAAUAUAAAUGCGACGACUGUGGCAGAGGCUUCUCGGUUGCAGGCGCACUUAAUAUUCAUAGGAGCAUGCACUGCAAAGGCCGUCUUUUCAAGUCAAAAUCUCAAUGGCAAGUACCUUUCCAUGAAAAUUUCAAAGAGCAGUCGGCCAAAUUUCCUUUCAUUUGUUCAGAAUGUGGGAGGAGUUUUUCCACAAACGCAGCCCUUGGUACACACAAGCGGUGGCAUAAAGACAAAAGAGUGGCCAGACUUUUCUUGAAGAGCAAUACGGUCUCAAGGAAGAACAACCGUGGUGGGAAUUUUUCAUGCAACUUAUGUGGGAAACAAUUCUUUUAUCUGUGUGUUCUUCGCCGGCAUCAGAAAUACCACCCACGAGUACAGGCCCAGCCAGAUGCAAAACUUAAGAGCAGUUUUGCUUGUCCAGACUGUGAGGAGUUUUUCUCAAGUGAAUCUCUUUUAGCUGCCCACUUGGCCUGCCACCACGCCGGACCCUCUGAUGUUGCUGCGGAUGCUGAAAAACUGGAGCUGGAGGCCCCUGUUAGUGUACAAAUGUCAGGUCAACCAAUCCAACCUUUGUCAAGUUCUCCAAUCUCUUUUAAAAUGAUCCAAACCAAAGGAGACAAGAUAAAGGUAAAAUAUCAAUGCAAUCAUUGCCAAAAGAGCUUCUUAAAUAUACGAGGUGUCCGUGCACACAAAUGGCAGAAACACCGAAGGGUAAGAGGACGCCCCCCUGGAGAUACCUAUAGAGGCACUAAGCCCCUGGCUUGCUCAGGAUGUGAGAGACGCUACAGUUCUCAUGGAGCCCUCUAUAACCAUGAACGGUCUUGCAGUGCAGUUAACGUCGAUCAGAAACAACCAGUUAGAUCUGUUAAAGCAAAUGUAGUGGAGGGCUCGUCAUUAGCACAACGUUCUUUAGAGUCUACUAUGAAGUGUCUCUUCAAAUGCCAUAAAUGUGGCAAAGCUUUUCCCAGCGAGGCUCAGCUAGAUGCACAUAAAGAGGCAGCCAGGACACGGCCACAUUCUUGUGCGCUCUGCUGCCGUGGCUACUGGACUGAAAAUCAGCUGCAACAGCAUCUUGCCUGGCACGAUGAAGUGCGCAAACGUCUCCCGACUGAACUCCGGUACAGGCUUAACGCGUCUUCAUCGUCUUGCCCUGUAAAUCAAGCCCAAACCUCUGCAUGUCCUUCAAAUGUGAACUCUGUGUCUCUAGCAAAGCUACCCACAACCACUGAUUCGCAGUCAUGUCAGAACCACAGAUGUCAUCAAUGCGGCGAAGCCUUUUUGUCCAAGCAUGCACUGGAGCAACACCAGACUCUCCACAAAAAACAGGAGCCCUAUCAUUGUUCUCUUUGCCCACAGACCUUUGGUGAAAUUAGAGAUCUCAUUGACCACCAUCAGGAGUGUUUGGGUGAUAAAGAGUUAAGAGACUCUAGCUUGUCUGCUCCUUCGAGAGAUGACGAGAGCCUGACUUGUAUUGAGUGUGGAACUUCUUUCGAUCAGGAAACAGACUUGCAUCAGCAUUACAUUGAGCAUGCGCGUGGGGUGGUGUGAAUGUUUCUGGUUAGUUUUACCAGCACAGUCGGAUUAUGUUGGACUACAGAUUUCCUUUAUUUCAGUACUCGUGUCAAGACUAAUACAUAACUGCUGUUUUUCUAACAUUUGAAUGCACAAAAAAUUGUCUCUAGGCACUACAGCGCAACUACAGAUUUAAGUGCAGCUGCUGCUUUUGAAACAUUGCUGGCCUCCCUGUUGAAUUUUUACAAAUGCUCCAUUCUCAGAUUGAAAAGCAAAUUAUGUAACAGUAGUUGUAAUGUAAAUGAGUGUUAAAUAAACUAAAAAUAAUGUUCAAGAUCCUGUGAUGUGUCUUGCAAAUGUGAUGGCUACUUUAGUUAUGCAGCAGUAUCUGAUUUUGUGACCAGUUGAAGGAUUAUCAAGGAUUAUUUCUAAAAUCCCUUACAUGCUGAAAGAUUUUAGGUGUUUAACAAUUAAGUGUUGUUUCUGUUACAAUUAAUGUGUAGGCCUUACACUAAACUCGAAGGACCGCUUUCCCAGAAAGAGAUUAAGCCUGGUUUUGGACUAAAUUGCCAUGCUAAUAAUGAAUCACCAUAAGUAGUUUUGGCCUGAUCUGGCUCUGGGAAACCGACUUUAUAUCCUGAUGAUUUUUUUUUUUAUUAUUUGAAAUGAUGUGCAUGUGCUCCUUGGUUCUUUUGAUUCCACUUGAUUUUAUUCAUAAAUACAGGGUAAAUCAAGUCUUUAUCCACUCAUAUCUUUAAGAUCUUACUCUUUACAGAAUAGAUGAUUAGAUGGUCCCUGAUUUUGGACUUUUCCAGUAUUAUCGUCGCUGCCGUAACAAAAUCUUUGACAGGGUGACUUUAUAGGAAUAGGAAAACACUUAAUGUAUGUUGAUGUAACACUAUUCCUAGUAGUCCUGGACCAUUUCUAUUGAUUGCAUAUGUUCAAAUGGUAUUUGUGAAAAAGGAAAAAAAAAGUCCAUAAAAGUACUGAGGUUUUGAUACAACAGUGACAUGUAAUCAUCUGCCACAUGGACUCUUAAUUUUAAUUGUAGAUGUGCUAGGUCUGGUUAAUAGGUAUUGCCAGCAGAGCUUCUUAAUAGUUAAAUACAUGGUUUAGUACUUCCCCGUCCUUCCAUGCUCUUAAAUGUCCUGAUAAUUAGCUGAGGAGUUGAAGCAAGUGUGCUAUGACCUUCUGGCACUUAAGUUAUAUUGACGACUUGUUGCACAUACCUUUCCUUCAAAAAUACUAAUGGACUGAAUUGCCAUGACUUUCUUUGAAUGGACCAUUUUUGAAUGCUUGGAAAAUUGGAAAAAUAAUUUAUUGCACAUUUCAGCCAAUUGUUAACUUCCCCGUAUCUGUCGAAGCAUCCACAUCAAAACGUCCUUUGUUCAUAUGACUAGGGUGGGCUAUGUUAAUGAACACAUUUGCUACAAAGGAUACAGUCACUUGACUGGACAGCCUCUUUUGCCUGUGCCUCAAAGCAUUUUGGUUUUAACAUGUGGCAUCAUCCAAACUGUAUAUCUAAUGUAAAGCGUUUCUCUGCAGUCUUUACACUGAUGUACUUUGAUGGCUUUUGCUGGCUGAAACUGUUUCGGAAUGAAUUUGAUCUUGUUUUUGAGUUCUGCUCAUGUAAAUCCCCCCCACCCCCUUUCAAUAUGCCUAAGACAGCUUACGUUCUUAUUAACACAACCAACAAAUGAGCUUUCUCGCAUUCAGUAACUCACAGCCUGUUUUCCAAUACACACUAUGUAAAUUGAUGGUGACUAUUUACUUGUUUCCUUUUUCUUCACGUGUAAUUUUUUUUGACUUCAUUAAGCAUUAAAAGGAAUGUAGAAAUUUGAAAUUACUGUCAUUCCAACUGAGUCAUAUUCAUGGUAUGAUGAUUAAAUGACAUGAAUUUCAAGUUAUGUAGUAGCUCCUCUUUUGAAAGUGAUCAUGUAUAAAUAGGUAUCUUUUUUUUUUUUUUUUUUUAACUACCUUUCAGAUAUUUUUGCAAUACUUUUGUCUUCUUGUGGAAAACAAACUGCUGAUUAUUGAAACAAAUGCUAUGUAAUUAGUCCUUGUUAGUCUAAGAUAUCAGUUAAUUAUGUGUACUAUAUGAUUGAAAUACAUGAAAUGAUUAUAUGAAAAUUAGCAAAUAAAUCUGUGAGUAUGCUAA